AUGAAGUCUGGAGAACAUUUUGCAUUAGCUCAAAUACUAAACUUUGGUAAGCCUAGGUUACUUGUGAUCGUAGAAAACAAUUUGUAUAUCUCAAGUAUAUUUCAAGUAUAUUUCAAGUAUAUUUCAAGUAUAUUUCAAGUAUAUUUCAAGUAUAUUUCAAAUAUAUUUCAAGUAUAUUUCAAGUAUAUUUCAAGUAUAUUUCAAGUAUAUUUCAAGUAUAUUUCAAGUAUAUUUCAAGUAUAUUUCAAGUAUAUUUCAAGUAUAUUUCAAGUAUAUUUCAAGUAUAUUUCAAAUAUGUUUCAAGUAUAUCUCAAGUAUAUUUCAAGUAUAUUUCAAGUAUAUUUCAAGUAUAUUUCAAGUAUAUUUCAAGUAUAUUUCAAGUAUAUUUCAAGUAUAUUUCAAGUAUAUUUCAAGUAUAUUUCAAGUAUAUUUCAAGUAUAUUUCAAAUAUGUUUCAAGUAUAUCUCAAGUAUAUUUCAAGUAUAUUUCAAGUAUAUUUCAAGUAUAUUUCAAGUAUAUUUCAAGUAUAUUUCAAGUAUAUUUCAAGUAUAUUUCAAGUAUAUUUCAAGUAUAUUUCAAGUAUAUUUCAAGUAUAUUUCAAGUAUAUUUUAAGUAUAUUUCAAGUAUAUUUCAAGUAUAUUUCAAGUAUAUUUCAAGUAUAUUUCAAGUAUAUUUCAAGUAUAUUCCAAGUAGCAGUUGA